AUGACCUCUCUUCAGCGUCGUAUCCAUUACGAUAUGGAGGAGUUCAUCGUUGAGGGAGAUCACGUCAGAAGCAAAUUCGAAGAAACUCGAGAGCAUUACCUCUGGCUCCUGGGACUUUCGAUGACAGAGUUACGUCAGAUGAUGAGCCAAUCCGACGUCGUUAUCCCCACCAGUGACUUCGACGUCGAAGACAUCAUGAAGCGAGUCAGACCUCUUACCGAGAGGUGCCUUCAACGACUCGUCAACGGUGGAUUUCUCACCCACAACGACAUGGAGUGUAUUCUUGUCGGAGGAUACAGCUACCUCGAGGAUUACUUCUAUGAUAUGGAGAAUCAAGUGGGAAUAUUCGGCUUGCAGGAGGUCGUCAAUCCUUCUCCCGAUGAUUCAAGUCAGGAAUCAUACACCGAUGAAGAGGAUGGAUAUGACGAGGAUGGUUUCUUCGUACUGGACGAACGAAGUAUCAAUAAGGAUACCAAGGAUGCGAACGAGACGGAGAUCUCAAAGGCAGAGCAGUCUGAAUCUACCGCCGUCGCUGCCCCUAUCGCGCUACUACCUCCGAGCGAGCCGUUUUCUUGGGCAGAUGAUGUAGAGGACGAACUCUCAUCGGUGGAAUUCCCCAAGCCCUCAGACCAAGAGCUACUCACAACCGGCCCAUUACCGGAAGACAGAGAGCGUUCGCCAGUAGACGCGUCGUUCCCCUCGGAUUCAUCAGAGUCAAAUUCAGACGCAAGCUCGGAUUUGGACUUCGACACCUCUCUUCCAGACCUUCUCAGCAGCAUGUCGGAAGCACAGCUCAGCGAUCUCGAGCUAGAAAAGGAGAAGCAGAAGGAGAAGGAGGAAGAUGAGGAGAAGGAGGAAGAUGAGGAGAAGGAGGAGAAGGAGGACGAGGAGGACGAGGAGGACGCACAGUCCACAACCCAAGAACUGGACUCCGAGACACGCGAUCUCGACACCUCCGACGAGCCCAUCGCGCCUAACUUCGCCACCUACCGCACGCUCAGCGAACAGACUGACGGCGACGAGGUUCUUGACGAGUGGCUGGAAGAGCAGGAGAUGUGGUUCUGGCAGUACGAGGCACUGUUCCUAAUCACGCUCGCCGCAAAGCGCUACAAGAGCAUAUUCGAAGAAGCGCGAGGCGCGUACAAAGCCGACCCGUUCAACGAUGAUUAAACGAAGAACAAUGACGACGAAACGAUACAUGAUUACUCAGCAUAGCAAGCCAGGGGCGGACGG